AGGAAUGAGGGGAAAGGGGAAGUUUGGGAGGAAGGCUUCUGAGAAGACUGGUGGGAGAGAAGGAGAGCCUGCAGACAGAGGCCUCCAGCUUGGUCUGUCUCCCCACCUCCACCAGCAUCUGCUGAGCUAUGAGCCAAAACAGGGAUUUACAGGGAGGAAAAGCUUUUGGACUGCUGAAGGCCCAGCAGGAAGAGAGGCUGGAUGAGAUCAACAAGCAAUUUCUAGAUGAUCCCAAAUACAGUAGUGAUGAGGAUCUGCCCUCCAAACUGGAAGGCUUCAAAGAGAAAUAUAUGGAGUUUGACCUUAAUGGAAAUGGCGAUAUUGAUAUCAUGUCCCUGAAGCGAAUGCUAGAGAAACUUGGGGUCCCCAAGACUCACCUAGAGCUAAAGAAAUUAAUUGGAGAGGUGUCCAGUGGCUCCGGGGAGACGUUCAGCUACCCUGACUUUCUCAGGAUGAUGCUGGGCAAGAGGUCUGCCAUCCUAAAAAUGAUCCUGAUGUAUGAGGAAAAAGCGAGAGAAAAGGAAAAGCCAGCAGGCCCCCCAGCCAAGAAAGCUAUUUCUGAGUUGCCCUGAUUUGAAGGGAAAAGGGGUGAUGGGAUUGAAGGGGCUUUCCAGAUAUGGAAACAAAAGACAAAAUUGUAAGCCAGAGUCAACAAAUUAAAUAAAUUACCCUCCUCCUCCAGAUCAA